AUAAAAGCUUCUGUUAUAUUACUAUAUUUUCUCGUUUACGACUGGACAACCCACUUUCUCAAAUUCACUUUCUUCGAACAGCUUUGCAUCCGUGAUCCGAUAUCUGCAAAAUGCUUUGCAUUUCCGCCUUUUUCUGGUUUGUGUCCGUGUGUAUCAUUGCAACGUCAUCACAGCAAUGUUCCCCUUCUCUUCCAACCACCUUGCAGGGCUUAGGCGGAGAUAUUCCUAAACAAGCGGAUGGUGUUUGGUUUGUGUAUCGUAAAAUGGGAGGAAGCUAUCCCACUGCAGCACAGAUACAGAUAACCAGCGUAGUACCCUCUGCCGACCCGGUUACCAGUCAACCUGGUUAUCUGCAGUGGUGGCAAAUCUUCCCUGAUUCAUCCGGCACACCGUGUGUAUACCGGUUUUGGACGGGGGCCUAUUCCAACAGCGGACAACAAAUUGGGGAUCUGGGUGGAUCUGAAGAAAAUUAUAUUAUGCGCCCAACGGAUUUCGUCGUUCUGUAUCAUGACUACCAGAAUCUUAUGGUCAGUUAUGGCUGCAGUAAGUCGCAACCGGACAAUAUCCACUGUGCCACGCCCACCAUCAUUGCUCAAACUCGAAAGCGACCGGAUCAGCUUUCGGCAGCGGAAAUGGACCAGUUUGACGGCAUCAUUAACGCCGCCUUCGCGAAAUAUUGCGUUACGGUGCAGAAUAUACCGAAGGAUUCUUACGGGCCAAAGGGAACGUGUGCCGCUGUUGAUCCACCCUUCUGUAUUGCACAGGAUAUUCAGGGAAUGAAGAACACCAUCGUGAACUCAACAAGUUCACCGGCAAGCAGUUCUUCAUCAACUUACGGUGGCAGUUCAACGGCUACCGGAGGUAAAUGGCCGAAUUCCGUCCCAUCUCUUGGUCGAAUUGAUAACACGCUGCUCAACGGAACAUUUUACAUUUACCGGCGAAUUUUCUCACCCGAAGCCGAUCCAGUAAAUCAGGUCUACGUUUUUCACGAUCUGGGCGCCUCCGCGUCUCCUCUGAUCAACGCUUCGGCUCGCACAGUGUGGGUGGAAUAUUCCAAUUAUGCCGGUCUCAAUUCUUCCCAGUGCGUCAAUGGUUUAUUUGUGGGAGAAGUGCAGGACACCGGACUCCUAACCGGUCUGGUCAUUCCCUACACUACCGCCGGGGCUGAACAACCUUUUACAUCCAUGUUCUGGUAUGCUGACACCACGCAGUUCCUGUUUUAUGGUUGCGGUGCUCAAAAUCUGCAGACCGGUAUCUGUGAUGCGCCGGUUAUUGGACACUGCACUCGCACCAAUCCCUUGCAAAUGUCGCAGGCGGAGAAAGAUGCUCUGGACGCUAUAGAGGACCGGUUCUUGAGUACCUACGGAUGCAGUGCCGCUAAAGAUGUUCCGCUAAUGGUCCAUACUGCGGAUAAGCCGAUGUGUCCCAUGCUGCCGCCUACCGAGUGCAUGCAGAACCACAUUACCGGAUACCAACAAGUUCUGGCCGCUGUAAAUGUGCAGAGUGUUUACUGAUACGAGCAUCUUUGUUAACGUUGCUUUCAUAUUAAUGCUCUGA